GUAUACAGUUACGUAGUCCGCUCCGCUCCGUGCUCCGAAGCGCUUCGCUUUCCUGACAGUGUUCGAAAAACUUUCGACUGUGAUAGUCGGUAGUAGUUGUGUGUAUAUUUUCUCGUAGAGAGCCGGCGGUCACGCAAUUUGGGUUAGACUUUAACGUUUCAUUAUUCGUCCAAGUACACGUCGGUUGCUAGUGGAUUAAUAAACUAUAUUGAUAUCAUCGUGAGACACAAACACGAGCAAAGUAAACUUCUUACACACAUUAGCCAACGGGCGAAUAAAAGAAAAGUUACUAGGGUGAAUGCGUUUGUUAAACGUUUGACCCCUGACUGAGCCCGAAUGAUAUUAAACGACAUUGUGACGUUGUGAAUUUUUACGUAUGCUUGGCCUACGUCACUUGGUGGCUAACUGCAUUCCGAAUCUCCAUCGCAAUACUAUUUGUGAUGACCACUACGUCGCAUUGUUCGCCGUCACGAUCGUCUCUGAGCUGUUGUCAGUUUGAGCGUAUGAGUCAAGAUGAUGUACGAGAUUCAGCGAUUACGGGCAACAACAAUUACUUCCUGCAACAGGAGAAGUACUCCUUCUUGAAGAGACCCGAGCUUAAUAUAUCUUUUUCCAACAUACGUUAUUGUAUAAAAGAAUGGAAUUUACGCAACUUCUCAAUCAAGGAAAAAGAGAUUCUGCACGGCGUUAGCGGCGAAUUUAAAGCCGGCGAAUUAGUAGGUAUAAUGGGCCCAUCUGGAGCGGGAAAAUCGACGUUGUUGAACGUUCUUGCCGGUUUUACAGUAAAAGGCUCAAGCGGAGAAGUUUUGGUUAACGGUAAGCUCCGAGGUCCGUACAGCGAACGAUGGAAGAAAACAUCAUGUUAUAUACAACAAGACUCUAUUCUCAGAGGACAUAUCACCGUCGGAGAAGCUAUGACUGUAGCUGCUCAUUUGAAGAUCGGUUGCACGAUCGAUUCUACUUAUAAGCACGCUCAGGUUCUGGAGUUAUUAGAAAUGCUCGGACUGAGCCAUAGCUAUGAUACACUGUGCGGAAAAUUAUCGGGCGGACAAAAGAAACGACUCGAUAUUGCUUUGGAACUUUUAAGCAAUCCUUCAGUAUUAUUUCUUGACGAACCAACAACUGGUCUAGAUGCUGCCUCGUGUAGCCAAUGCGUUGCUCUUAUGAAGCGACUGACGGAACUAGAAAAGCGCACAGUAAUUUGUACGAUUCAUCAGCCGAGCGCCUUAAUCCUUGAAAUGUUCAAUAGUCUCUACGUAGUGGCUAAUGGUUAUUGCAUAUACAGAGGUCCGGUUAGUUCUUUAUUGCCACACUUGGCUUCCGUCGGCGCGAAUUGUCCAUCUUAUCAUAAUCCAGCAGACUUUCUCCUCGAAGUAGCAAUUGGUGAAUAUGGUAUUUCACUUGAUAAGUUAGUAGCGGCAGCAGAAACGUUGCAAAGUAAUCAGAAGUCUGUCGCUCUUACAACAGAGCCUAAAAAUGAAAAAAAGAAUGUACAAGAACCACCACCACCCGCUAGUCUCCUGACACAAUGUUAUCUUUUAUACAAAAGACAAUUGUUAUAUUUAAAAAGAGAUUAUACGUUAUUGAUGGCACGAUUACUUUGCCAUCUUUUAAUCGGUGUGAUUUUUGGAUAUUUAUACAUGGGAAGUGGUUAUCGAGCUAAUGGUGUUUUAGCAAAUUAUGUAUACUUAUAUGGAUCGUUGCUCCUUCUUGUUUAUACCGGAAAAAUGGCAGUCACACUCGCUUUUCCAUUAGAAAUACAAAUUCUCAUGAGAGAGCACUUCAACCGCUGGUACCGACUAGCUCCAUAUUAUAUUAGCAUGUUGCUCGUGGAAAUACCAUUUCAAGCGGCAUGCGCGAUAGUGUAUAUAUCAGUGAGUUACUGGUUGACCGGUCAGCCUAUGGAAACAAAUCGUAUAAUGUACUUCAUGGUAAUUUGCAUAGCUGCCAGUCUAACAGCGCAAGCAUGGGGUUUCUUCAUUGGUGCUACGACACCAGUUAAAAUCGCAGUAUUUGUUGGUCCUAUAAUCGCGGUGCUGUUGUCUGUCUUUGGCUUCUGCGCUCGUUACAUCGACACCCCGUACUACUUUCGCUGGAUGUUCCACAUAUCGUAUUUCCGCGCAAGUUUCCACAGCCUCUUGUACACCAUGUAUGGAUUCGACAGAAUGGAAUUGAAUUGCGAUGAAUUCUAUUGUCAUUACAAAAAACCGUCUCAGUUUCUCAAAGAGAUGGACAUUAAUACGGAUGACAUUACCGUGAUUAACAAUUUGAUACUGAUCCUCGGCAUUGGAGUAUUGAUGCAUCUUUUGACCGCGAGCGCACUUUGGUGUAAACUUAAUCGAAGAUAAAGAAAAUGUUAUUCUGUCAAGACACAGUAUUGUAGUUUUGCACAAAUUUCUAUGACAUCGCGAAUUUCGGUUGCUCUCAUAAGAGAAAUAAAUAAAUAAAAACAAAAAAAGAAAGGCAUUCCAUAUCUACGUAUCGAGAGAUUUCUGCUGAAAUAAAGUAAAGAGACACAGGAAAAACAAAACAAACUAUUAUUUCUUAUAUGCCUUUUAUCAUUGCUUUAACGUCUCGUGUUAUAGUGUGUACAAUUUAUGUGCAAACUUUAGCAUUAUAGAAAAUGUUUUCUAUUGGAAAAAUGUGUUGGAAAAAAGACUAAAUGUGUGUUACCAAAUCGCGUAUUUAAAUAUUAGAUGCAAGAGAGAUAUUAUUUUAUACUUAGCAUAUUAGUUGGGGUUUUUUUCUAUCAAUCAUAAUUAUUUGUCACACCCUCACCCCCUUCCCCCCCCCACGCCAGCAACUUUCUAAUUACUAUUGAAUGUUUACAUAUACACAGAAGCGAGAGAGAUAUAGCAUAUUCAUGGAUUCGAAAAUAUUCGAGCGACAAAAAUUGCAUAAAAACACUGAGUGUUUAUAAAUAUAUAUUUAAAUGACAUGAUAAGGUGAAUAACACGUUUAUGUAUGUGUGAAAGAGAGAGCAGGUAUUAUAAUUUAUAUAACUUUAGUUUAUAUCGUGAUACAUAUGUGUGAUGAAUGUGUAUGUGUAUUUAAAAUUUUAAUAGAGAUCCAUGUUAAACAUAAUAUCCCUCUUAUAUAUAGUGAUAGUUUAAAUUAUUUAAGUUCUUUAUUACUUUUGAAUAUGUAAUAUUUCAUGAAAACUGUACACGUAUGAAGGUUUUGUUAAAUAAACAUAUGCACAAAUCUGUGUUUCUACGCACAUUGUACAUCUUUAUGAAAAAAAUAAUCUUAAAAGUCUUGAAAAAAGCAAAUCAAAUUGUAUAGAUGAAAUAAAAAAAAACAAAGAGAAAUAUGGACAGUUAACCGCUAAACAAUAUACAAAUAGUUAUGUUUUAUAUGAAAAACACAUAAAUGUAAUGUGGUUUUUACUAUCAGUAUGUAAAUAAAAUUGCGCUGUGAAUUUUUUUCUAUCUUUACAUGAUCAAUUUGCGAUAAAAAGUUAUCGUUUCUUGAUUAACGAUUUAAUAUUUAUAUUUUCUUUUUUUUUGUUCAGAUUUUUCUCCAAAAUGUUUCUCCUCUCUUAAUCGUGUUUCUAUCAAAAUGAUUAUUUUCUGAUUAAUGACAAUACCGUGUCACUCUAUCACACAAACGUUUUAUGCCAUAAUUACGCGUGGCCUAAAUAACAGUAUUGUCGCUUGAAAUAACAUAUUUGUAAUUUAUUUCAAAAUGUUUACUUUUUAUACGAUAUAUAUUUUCUUAGAAUUUUACAAUAAGAUUUAUCUUCAGUAACAGCAUUGAAGCAAUUACUGGAAUAAAAUGAUAAAUCUGCUGCCAUAUAACUUAUGAAUUCUGCAAAUAUACAUAUAUAAUUUAUAUUGAACUUAAUCAAGAUUAAAAUUACAAGAGGAUAUAUAAAAAAAAAUAUAUAUAUACAUACACGUAUGUAUAUAUAUAUAUAUAUAAUUUUUUCCAGAGUACACGCUUAAUAACACCUUUAAGAUCGGAGACACAAAUUUAUGUUCUACCGAAACGUCAUAAAACUUGCCGAGAACAACGUCUCAUGUUGCGAGCAAAUUUACAUGUUUAAUCUAAAUCGAUCUUGAAGGUAUUAAAUCUUCUAGAAUGAUAAUCAUCUAUAUUGUAGUAAUAACAGUGAUAACAAUAAUCGCAGUCUUUUUCGUUAUUUGUAUAAUUAGCAUUUUUCUCUGCGAGUUUAUUCUUAAAAUUUUUUACGCUUGCGUUAAUAUCCUUAACAUAUUGCGCGACUAUCUUAUGACACAUUUUUUAUACCCAAAAAUACGUUAAUAACGACAUUAUAACGCAUAGAUUACAAAGUUAUAGACUGAAGGAUUUGUUCUUUUAAAAUGUAUCACAAAGUAAUCACGUUACAAUACAUUAACGAAAUUGUCUGUUACAUACAAGUUGCAGAAUAAAGAAAGCUCUCUGAAGAUAAUUUUUAGUUAUUUGUUGUUAUUUUUGUCACGUAUCACAAACACAGAUACCGCACGCAAAACUGAUAUAUUGCCAUCACAGCAAUUUCUACAUUUUAUUAAUACUGCAUUUCUUACUAAAAGUGUUGUCUUCUUUUUAUGUAGCUUUAAGUAUAUUAUAAAACAAAAUAAAAGUAGCGACUAGAUUAAACUUAAUGAAAAAUGAAAGACUCAACAAAAUCUAUACAAUUUGUUUAAAUUGAUGUGAUCAUUUAUGUGACAAUAAAAUAAUUUAUAAUUGUGUACUUAUCGUAUUAUGGAAUCCUAUGUUUGUGUAUGAUAUUACGAAAUUGCAUGUCGAUAUAAUGCGAUCUAUGUUACAAUGAAUCUUAUUUUACAUUAUUGCGAAUAUAUAUGUAUAUCUAUAUAUCUUGAAAAUUAAAUUCAAUAAAAUAAAUUGUGAAUGAUAUAAAAUGAUAUAAAAUUGUCCUUCAUAAGUUUUUUGUAUAUACAGGGUAUAUGUGGAUACUUUUCGACAGCCGAAAGUAGAUAGAAUCAUUUGGAACAGAAAAGUCAUGUUAUCAUUUUGCAAACUUCGCAAUAUAUUUAUUAAGUUAUUUACUUGAUACAAACCAAUAUGAGCACGUGGAAAGCGAUAGUCCGGACUCUGUAGGCGUGUAUAAAACAUAUAUUAAGUUUCAGACAAAUCAAUAAAUUUAAUAUCAGCUAAUAACGAGAAGCCGUGUCACACGUCGCUCGUUGUGUUACUACGUCUCUCUCGUUAAAAGUCUUGUCUAUCUGACAAUGAGUUACUCGCUCUUUCAGACGUUUAACUGGAUAUCGCUCAGUUGGCGCUAAAAGCGUCUUCAGGCAUUAAGCAAACACAUCAUCAUAUAAUUUUUUACAAAAUACGCGUUCAGCAAACAAUUUUGCCGUUUAUAACAUCGGUUACGACUGCCGUUUGUCACGCGCGCUCUCUAGACGUCGCCGCAGCGAAAGAAUUUAAUAAUUUUACUAUCUAUUGCAAAUUUUUUUGUAAAGUUUUAAAUGACUUUUCUGUUCAGAUUGAUCCAACGUUCAUACUUCGACUAUGUCAAGAAGUUUCAGACACUAUAUUUAUAUAUAGUAUAUACUAAGUUAUUUAUUUUUUUUUUUGGUGAUAUUUAUUUAUUUUUUUUUUUUUCAGUGAUAUAUUUUCUACUGAUAAAAAAAUUAAAAGUCACUUUCUAUCUGUCAAAAUUUAGUAAACGUUGCGUUGAUCGUAUAUUUUACAAAUAAUGUUAAAAAAGUUUUCAAUAAAACUCAAAGUUGGUCGUGGAAAAUUUAAUUAGUUCAAAAUAUCUUAAGAUACUGUUGUAAAUAAUUAUUAUAUCCUCUUGAUGGAACUCUAUAAAUAAUUGAUUU